AUGCUGAAUGCCUAUAAGUACCUAGUAAAGGGAGCUGCAAUCGUCAGUUCCAGUAGUCCCAACCUAACUCACAUUCAACGUCAUGGCAGUCAUUCAUUCUUCUCUUGUAUUCUUCGCACUCUGGUCCAUGUCAUUGCUCGUCAACGCAAUGUCUACACCUACCCGUGACGUGUCUACACUCACCAAACGCGACAGUCCACAGGGUGUGCUCAUCGGAUGCUACCCUGGCGGCGCGGGUGGAUGCCCUUGUCCCACUGAUAAGUUCGGGGACGCAGGCGUCUUGAUUAAUGUCUUUCCUGGGUACCAGUGUGCGUAUCCAUCAGGCGCAUGUUCCUGGAACGAUAGGAAUGGCGAGUUGGAUAACGUCGCCCAGGACAACUGUCCCUCUUCGGCUCCGUGCCCUAGUAGCGGGUGUACCUGUCCCUUGGACAAGAAGAAGGACAUUGGUGUCAUGAUCAACUACUUCACGGGCUAUCAAUGCGCCUAUCCCAACGGAGCCUGCACUUGGGACGAGAAUGGGUCCUUGACCAACGUUCGUCAAGGAAACUGUCCAUCAUCUGCACAAUGCAACAAGUUCAAGCGUGAGGAGGAAGGUGCGAGGAUUUAGGGGUUAGUGGGAGGUUGAUACCUUGAAUAGCCCAGGGUCCCGUAGACGUGUCUUGGAUAGUCAGUUUUUUUUUACACCGUGAUCGUAAGUAGUAUUGUAGUUUUACCUGGGUUAAUUGUGGUUUGUGCUUAGAAUGUGAGGUAUUUAUUAUAAUGGGUGUGUGAGACGCAAACUGAGAUAAUAGU